AUGGCUACUACUGCCGCAAAUGCUUCUUCCAGUACAAGCAUUUGCACGAUAUGCCAAACACUCGCAGAUGAGAAGCCAAAACCUGGUAUUUUGCCAUGCCUUGGAUGCCAACAAUUAUUUUGCUAUCAACACAUUGGUCAACAUCGACAAAAUUUAGCUGAUCAACUUGAUACAGUUGUGAUCAAUGAACGAAAUAACUUGUUUGAAAACAUUUCAAAACUUGAAGAAAAUUGUGAUCAAUAUGUUGAGCAACAACUGAAGGAAAUUAAUGAUUGGGAGCUCAAGUCAUUCGAAAUCAUUAAAGAAACAGCUGAAAAUGCUAGGCUAACAUUACAUGCAAUGGCUUUAAAUGAAUGCGUAGGUCUCAGAGAAAGAUUUACUCGGCUGACCACUGAACUAACGAAUAAACAACAGACCGACAAUUAUUUUGAACAAGAUAUUCAGGUUUUGAAACAUAAAUUCCAGCAGUUGAAGCAUGAUAUUGAAAGUUUCGGUCUGAAGGUUCAUAUCAAUAGUGACUUGAAGUCAAUCGAAUUGAUUAGCAUAAAGAAAAAACCUUCAGCUUCAGACUCUUUUAUUGAUCAUUUGUUACUAACACAAACACCAAUCAAAUAUAUAAAUGCACGGAAUAGUGGUAAAAUCUAUGCUGUCAACGAGAAUCUACUAGCAUUUGAACAUCGUGAUGCGCGCGAUAUAGAUUUGUAUGAUACAGUUGAUUUAUCAAUGAAAACUAUGUCUAGAACUGAUGAUGGGGGUUUUAAUUUGUGUUACUCAACGUAUUUACAGUCUUUUCUGUAUUUAAUUCAGUCUCGUCGACCCGAAUGGUAUCAUUUAUAUCAAUGGAGUAUCAUAGGGCAUGGUGAACCUAAAAAAAUGGAACUCAAUAUUAGCGAAAAAAUUUAUCAAAUAACUUGUUAUGAAACUAACUUACUAGUUCUAUUUUAUAGUUUUACAAUUGAAAAAUGGAAACUAAAUAGUUUAAAGCUUGAUACACGUUGGAGAAAACCAAUGACGUGUGAACAAGAUGAAUCAAUUAAAAUGAUACGAAUGAAUUCUUUAUAUUAUGCGCUAGUGGUAGAAAAACCCGAUGGCUGUUAUUUCGAACUAAGAAAUAAUUCAAUGUCGAUUAUCGGAAGUGUAAAAAUAAUAUAUGAUUAUUAUCUGGAACUAAUAAGUCUUCCAAAUGAAAUUGGGUGGUUACUCUUUUAUCAUUACAAUACACGAAACACCUACAUUAUUGAUAACCAACUAAAUAAACAUGAACAGAAAUUUAUGGAAGCGUUACAAGUUAAAGAUAUUGUUACGCAAGGAAAAUAUAUGAUUAUACGUUACGAUAAACAAGCAAAUGAUAUUUCGAAAACAAAAAAGGAUUGCAUUGAAUAUUAUCAAUGGCACUAG